GGCUGAAGGGGUUCCGGACAACCGCGGCCGGACUGAGGAGAUUUUGGACGUGCCAUAUCGACAGCCGAUGGCGCACGAGAAGGUGGAGAAUCUUACAAAGCGGCUGGACACCGCCGCGCCCUGGUCAUUCGCUAUCCUUUUGGGCGAGCUGCACGAUGAGCGACUGUGGAUCUGCGCCAGGCUGUGAUGUGCAUGGGUUGCAUGUGGGCUGGGUCAUCCACCGAUGAAGAAAUGGCUUUCUGUGGUGAGUAAUUAUGACCCACGAUUGUGCUGUGCCCCUGUGUUGUGAUUGAAGAUUGACAGUGCCCGGACUUCUCAUCGGCGUAGGAACGCGAUUGUCACUCCUUUCGGCGUACUUCGCCUCAGGGGCUCCAUAUAUACCCGGAGCGGGGCGAGUCGUCUCUUCACAAUAUUUUCCCACUUUUCUCUUCUCCUCUCUUUCCUCCCACCUUCCUGACUGCGGGGAGAUCUCUUCUCUGUGCGGAACCGAACAAGCACAACCAUCGUAUUGGACAAAUAUUAAAACCCGAUCAAAGCCGGACCUACCACCGAGAGAGCGUCCCGAUCCCCUACUUGACUAUUUAUCGCUCUGCAUUUGCUUGCUCUUUUCAUCUACAUCCCCGCAGGCAACCUAUCGAGACAAUCCAUCAUGUCCGGACCGUCUGCAAGUAACCCUGGGACACCUGGGCACACCCUUAGGCCACCUUCCCCUGCACUAUCUGGGGAAUCGUCGACCCGCACCCUCACCCCUGCCGAGCAUACUUUCGAGGAAACUGAGGGGGAGAAACAACAUAAGUCGCAUCUUGAGCUCGACACCGAAACCCACCCACGCGACUUUGCAGACGUUGAUCUCGAAGCAGCUCGCGCGACCUCGGCGCACCUCGCUAUUCCCAUCGGACGGCAUAUCCUCGAGGACGCAGAGCGCAGCGUCGGUGACCUAAGCGAAGUCUUCUCCCCUGGAGAAGAGGCAGUAGGGGAGAUCGAGAGGGAGAAGGCGGAUCCGUUCCUAGUCGUAUGGGAGGAAGGGGACAAAGGAAACCCGAAAAACUGGGGACGUGGGUACCGGUGGUACAUCACCAUCUUUGGGGGAUUGCUUACUCUCAAUGCAACAUUCGCUUCCUCCGCACCAUCCGGCGUCAUCCCCUCCCUGAUAGAAGACUUUGGCAUGUCCCAGGAGCUCGCAACGCUGCUGAUAGCAAUAUUCGUCGUUGGGUACUGUAUCGGCCCGCUUCUCUGGGGCCCACUUUCCGAGUCAUUCGGCCGUCGACCAAUCUUUAUCAUCGCCUUUGGCAUCUACACCAUCUUCCAGAUAGCCUGCGCCGUUGCUCCCAACACCGGCGCGCUCAUCGUCUUCCGUUUCUUUGGUGGUGCAUUCGCCAGUGCGCCACUCACCAAUGCGGGUGCAUUGCUCGCCGAUAUCUGGAAUCCCGAUACUAGGGGCAAGAGCAUGGCGUUCUUCACGCUUGCGCCUUUUGCCGGUCCUGCACUUGGUCCCAUCGUCAGUGGUUACAUGAGUGUCGCUGGUGUUAACUGGCGAUGGCUCUUCUGGGUCCUUUCAAUCUUCGCUGGUGUCUGCUGGUUCCUUAUCCUUUUCACCCUUCCAGAAACGUACGGCCCUGUGCUCCUUACUAGCAAGGCGAAGGCCAUCCGACUCAGCACCGGUGAUUCGAGGUACUACUCCGCCCUAGAACGCGCAGACACAAACCUUCGCGCCCGUGUAUCCGCCAUCCUCGCGAGGCCGUUCAAGGUGCUCUUCCUCGAGCCCAUGCUCAUCUUCAUCACCAUCUACAUGUCCUUCGUCUACGGGUGCAUAUACCUACUCUUCGAGGCCUUCCCGAUUGUUUUCACCAUCGGCCACGGGAUGAACGAGGGUGAAUCUGGCCUCAUGUUCCUCCCUCUGUUCCUCGGCGGCGCAGUGGGCGUGUUAUGCUACCUGCUAUACUUCAAUCCCCGGUACGAAGCCUUCAUGCGCAAGUACGCACCAAACCCCGUUCCACCCGAGCACAGGAUGGAGAUGGCCUUCCUUGGCGGGCCCCUCUUCGCCAUCGCCUUCUUCUGGUUCGGGUGGACGUCCUACCCCAGCAUCUCCUUCUGGGCACCGCUCAUGUCCAUCCUCCUCAUCGGCUUCGGCGUCGUUCUCAUCUUCCUCUCCCUCUUCAACUACAUCAUAGACGCCUACCUCAUGGUCGCCGCUUCGGCACUCGCGAGCUCCACCGUUGUCCGAUCCGCGUUUGGCGCUGGGUUCCCCUUGUUCGCCACGCAGAUGUUCGACAAGCUCAACCCGCGAUGGGCGAGCACACUCCUCGGCUGCAUCGCAUUGCUCCUCAUCCCGAUCCCGUUCGUUCUGUCCGCGUACGGGCGUACGCUGAGGCAGAGGAGCAAGUAUGCACCUACGCGUGACUGAGCUGUCUUAGUGCAGUGCAGAGACAUUCUUUUGGGCGACACUUUCAUCAUCCCUAGACCGGACGUUUAGUUUUCAUCAUUCUCCCCCGCACAUCGAACUGCCCCUC